GACAUCCGGACAUGUUUAUCAUGUUCUAGUAGUAGAUUUUUACCCAAUCGUAGUUUAGCAAAUAGAUCACGUGCUGUCAUCCAUGGUGAUCGAAACUUGCAUAGACGCUACGCUCCGGACAUUUAA